AACUGCGUCACCGAACUACCCAUCAGAUUUUGGUGCGAAAAUGAGUUCGUAUUCACAGUCAUUUUACUCAACAUUAAAAGUAUUUAUUGGUGUCUUCUGAUGUUUACUCAAGUGCCGAAUUGCCAGAAAAGUAAGCGACUAUGCGUCAAGUACACAAUAACUACACGAGUUUAUGUCUAGCAGCCCUUUAGGUGUGUUUUGUACCAUCCAGCUAAUUAGCGAAAGUACACUCGCUAUUGUUUGCUAGCGAGCUACAGCGUUAGCAAGCGGUCAGCACGCUAAUACACUUCAGGAAAAAACAAAAAAACAAAAACAAAACUUGUCGUGACUAUUUCUACAGCCGCUGAGAAGAAACUGUUUUUUUUUUUUUUCGGCUUUGUCAAAGUCGAUUUACAAAAAUGCCAGAAAUCAGACUGAAGCACGUCGUGUCGUGCAGCAGCGAGGACAGCACCCACAAGGCGGACAACCUGCUGAGCUCUGACACCUACAGGAAGUGGAAGGCAGCCAGACCAGGCGAGAAGCAGACGUCCGUCAUCCUGCAGUUUGAGAAGGAGGAGCAGGUGCACAGCAUCGACAUUGGAAACGAAGGGUCGGCUUUCAUCGAGGUGCUGGUGGGGAAUUCAUCAGCGGUCAGAGACCAGGACUAUGAGGUUCUGCUGGUCACGUCGUCCUUCAUGUCCCCCACAGAGAGCCGGAACGGCACCAACACAAACCGGGUGCGUUUCUUCGGGCCAAACCAGUUGCAGAAGAGCACGUCACAGGAGAAGUGGGACAGGGUGAAGAUUGUAUGCAGCCAGCCAUACACUAAGAACAUUGCGUAUGGAGUUGCCUUUGUGAAGUUCCACUCACCACCGGACAAAAACGAUCCUCCAGCCACAACUCCACCGAAAUUGACAAAGUUGGGUCAGUUCAAGAUGAAGGACGAGUCUCCUUCAGCCGGACCCAGCCUGCAGCCCGGCAGCCUCUUCUUCAACCGGGAAAACACAUCAAAGUCCAGCCCCACACUCAAGGUGUCUCCUCAGAAUGAGAAGCUGAGUUACGCUGCUGCAGCGCUGCAGUCGACUGGCAGCUCCCAGUCCUCAGACCAGGCAUCCACCUCCAACUCUGCCUCAACACAGCCAUCAGUAAAGAGAAAAUUUGAGUUUAGCAAGGAGCGCCAGUCGGCUCCUGCCCCUUCUGCCUUGAAGAAAACCAGCCCAACCGGCUCACCUGAGGGCAAAGCUGCCACCCCGAAACCCAGAGCUAAACCCAGCCCAGCCAGCACGCCAAGCCCCAGCACAGCUAAAGCCUCACCAGCCCAGAAGACUCCCGAAAAGAAGAGGGAGAGCCAGUCCAAACCUGAGCCAAAACCCAAGCAGCACAAAGCCAAAUCCCAGAGUACCGAGCAGGUGCCAUUCAACCGGAUCAUGGAGGGCGUGGUGUUUGUCCUCAGCGGCUUCCAGAACCCAUUCAGAGGGGAGCUGAGGGACAAGGCUCUGGCCAUGGGGGCAAAGUACCGCCCCGACUGGACGCCCGACUCCACACACCUUAUCUGUGCCUUUGCCAACACUCCCAAGUACAGCCAAGUGAAAUCAGCAGGGGGCAUCAUCGUACGGAAGGAAUGGGUGAUCGACUGCCAUAAGAGGAAGCAGAAGAUCUCUUACAAGCGGUAUUUGAUGGAUGGAGCAGAGUCCAGCUCAGAGAGCGAGAUGGAAGUGGACGACGAGAGCGAAGAGGAACAGAACACUAAGAUUCCACCGAAGCAGCAAAGACAAGUCACCCCCAAAAAGACGGCGGCAAAGAUGAAGGAGGAUGACGAUUACGGCGCCUCUACAGACGUAGACGAACCAGGAGAUGAUGAUGAGUCUGCUAUGGACACAGAGGAUGAGCUCAAGAGGGUGGAGAGUGAAAGCAGACAGAAGACGUCAACGUCAGGAGGGAAGAGAGUGAAAGAGGAGGAUCCGUACGGGGGGUCGACAGAUGAAAACACAGACGCAGAGGCUGACGAGAACUAUCCCAUCCCAGAGCUACCAGACUUUCUGGCAGGAAAGCGAUUUUUCCUCUAUGGCAAAUUUCCCAACAACGAGAGACGCCUGCUGUUGCGGUACAUUGUUGCAUUCAACGGAGUGGUUGAGGACUACAUGAACGAGAAGGUGCAGUUUGUGGUGACCAGUGAAGGAUGGCAUGACUCCUUUGAGGAUGCUUUGAUGGAGAACGGCAACCUAAGCUUCGUCAAACCCUCGUGGAUUUACGCCAUCAAUCAACGACAAAAGCUGCUGCCCUAUCAGCCCUACUCUGUCGUCCCGUGAACAACAGAAGUUACCACACACGCGUGCACACACUUUAAAAUCUGUAUAAAGAGGCAUUUGGAGAAGCCAUAGACACCUUUGCAUCUUUUUUUUCCACUUCACUCAACCACUUGGACAAAGCAAUAACCCCGGUAAUAGUGCAUAAAUGUCUUACACUGACUUGGGACUGCUCGCUAUUCAUGAAAUACUUCCAGUCUUCAUUCUGUAUGUAAACAGAUUUCAUAAAGAGUGACGACUUCAUCACACUGGUUUUCACCUUUUGGCCUGGCUGCAGAAAAAACAAAAGUCCUAUUGGCUCAUAAUUAGCUUUGUUUUUUUUUUUUUCCCCUUUUGGACAAGUGUUUAUUCUGCUUUUGCAGCUUGUCCAGAAAGUCAGAAGCUCAUCAGUGUGCUGCUCUCCCACUUGGGCCUCAUGAACAAAGCACACAGUCUGGGAGUCAGGGCUUGUUAAGUCUCUUGGUUUCUGUGCUGCAGUCUGGUGCUGCUCACCUGCGCUACCUCAGGGCCUGUCAGGAAAUGAGUUAUCAGCCCGUCCUGACUGCCAGCGGCAUUGAUAAGACUUGUGUUAGCGGGCAGGCUAUUAUGAAACCAGCAGAGAGUCAAGUGAAAAGGUGUCGUUUAUGGCUAUACAGUCUUCACAUGCAGGAAAACAUGGAACAUCCGGAAAAUACAAUAGAUACUUCAUUCCCAGGAUUCGAUUUUUUCUUCUGCUUCUUCUUCUUCUGUUUUUAUUUUUUUUUUUUAAUCUAUGAAUGGGUAAGUGUUAGGAGUUCUGUGUGUUGUUUGAUAAUUCUAAGUUUGUAUUUUAAUUUUAUUCAUGUUUGUGAGCUGAAUUUUACAAGAGAUAGUUUGUCUAGGCUGCUGUGAGGAUGUAAAACCGACGUCAGUGUUUUGCGUCACCAGGUUUCCAAAAACGUCUACUUAAUGCCCACAGAUUAUCAGGCUGAUCAGUUUUUGGCUGCUUUCUUGUCUAAACAUGGUUUGUUUAAGUCUGUACCUUAUCGUUUUUCUUAUAGUACUUAAUUAUUUUGUCUAAAUAAACAGUGGAUUUGUAAUGAA